GGGCCGCUGGCGAGCGUGCGUUUCCGUUACCGGAGCCUCGGCAGCCUCAGGCUGCAGCGGCCGCUGCGGAUGCGCGCCUAGCACCCCCUCCCAGCCAGUCCCCUCCCCCGGUGGCUCUCGCUCGCCCUCUUCCCUCCCCCGUCGGCCGCCUCCGAGUGUGCAGGGUAGCGCUCCCUCCGCGAGCCCCUCCAGCAGCCGCCCCGGCGCGCACUGAGCGCCGAGCCCGGGGCGCGCGUGGAGCCCCCUCCCAGCUGCAGAGCGACGAUGAGCCGCGGCGUGGGGGUCGCGGAGAGCAGUGAUGACCCUCACAAUGCCCCUUCAGAAGGAAAAGGCAUUUCCCAACUGCUGCCUUGCAAGCCUGCCUCCUUACAUGAAGGGCAAGGAGUGACUGAAGAAGGAGGCACGCCGCCCCAGACUGGAGAGGACAGCAGUUCUGAGAGCAGCUCUGAGAGUGAAUCUGAUAAUGAGGAACCAGAACCAGAACAAACAAAUGGGGAGCCAGGAGGGUCUUGCGUGGAGGAAGCUUCUGCUCAGACGGAAGAGUGGGAGGAGAAGGAAUUGCCCAAAGAGCAUUCGCAUUCAGAACUUCAAAAAAUCCAACCUCACUGUGAACACUGCAAUGUUGAAAAUAAACAAAAUGAGCAAGUGACCCCCAGGCCGCUUUCCAGGGAACAGUUUUUACUGAAGUUGGACACAGAAGGAACUUACCAGUGCACGGAAACUGGUCUGAUAUUUGAGGUUAACAGAAAAGUUGACAUCAAGUAUUGCGUUUUGUCCUGGAGCAAAUUUGCAGACCUGGUUGUUAAACCCUGGGUUGUCGGUGGACCCUUGUUUGAUGUUAAAUGUGACCCAACCUGUCUCACCUCCAUUCAGUUUCCACAUUCCCUCUGCUUGGGUCACCACAAUGCCAAUAUGACGUUCAAAGUCUUACAUGUUAAAAGUUCUGGGGCCUCAUUAGAAUCCACCAUGGAUCAUUCUACAACCCAUGUCAAAUGGCGCGUGAGCUCUCUUUCUCCUGUGGGGCCGGUUAUUCAAAGUGAAGAGACUGUAUACCACCACGGGGCCGUGAUUCUCUACAAAGCCAUUGACCAUAACCCAUCCUUGUCUUUUCGGGUGUACAUAGCAACCAAUAACGAGUCGUUCAUCAAGGAUAUUUCCAAGUCAGUAAAGCACUCCUCUAAGAAAUUCAUGAAAAUUGACAAGCCUCCUGUUUGCCAGAAGUUAUUGGAGAAUGGGAAGAAAUACAGACUGAUCAGUGAACCAGAAGCUGAAAUCACCCCAGAGGAAAUUGAAUUUGUUGAUGGUUCACUUUUAAAAUUAAAAAGUUACAUUGAAGUGUAUUUGGAGCAACCAGUGGAAUUUAAAUUACUUCUAGUCGAAAUGGAUUCUGAGGAAAUUGUGUGGAAAGCAAAACUGAGAGAAUGUGACUGGGUUCAGCACGAUCAGAAUCAGAACAUUUCGAAAAGAAGCACAAAUGGUAACAGGCGACGAAAAAUGACUAGCAGCUUACCUGAUGAGGACAUCUAUGACAAGAGAAUGAAGCAGGUUGACUCUUCAGAUGGAGCAAAGACCAGAACCCUGUUAACAGACGCACAGUUGAUCACUCUUGCUGCGAGGCUGGGGAGGGAGUGGAUAAAAAUUGCCAUUGCCAACCUGGAGUUGGAAAUUAGUGAUAUUGAUGAUAUCCGGGAGAAGGAGGAAGAUGUUACCAUGUGUAACUUCAGGAUGCUGAAGAAGUGGCAAGAAAAGGAGCAGGGUAAUGCCACAGCCGAGAAUUUAUCCAAGUGCCUGAAGAAUGUUUCUGUUGAAGUCCAAGAUGUGCUGAAAGGUUUCUUACAGGAAAGGUGAAGUUUGGAAGAUGAGCUGAAAAGGAAGCCUCAGGAACUUUUAUCUGCAAAAGACCACUUCAACUGGUAAUUGGGUAUGGACUUGAUGAGACCUUGAACUGCACAGUCUGAAGGCAGCUCCUUUCACACAGGCGGAAACUCUGUAGCUCACAUUAUUCAGGGGCACAGAAAAUGUAAAAUAUUUAGACAACUUAAGGCAGAAAAAAUCUCUAUAACAUCGAGAUUCAAUUAUUUAUUUCUCUUUUCUUUUUGCACCUCCUGCUCAUACCAUCCUGCCCUGCUUCCCCAACCAAUAUCUGUCCUUACAAAGGUGCUUAAAAUGACUCUACUCAGUCAGGUGAGAAAUGUGGUAAUUUUCCUUUUGGAGUCUGCGAAUUAUGAAAGCAAUUAAGUGGUAGUGUGCUUAAACUCAUGCCAAUGUAGUUGAGCUUUUUUUCAUCAUGAUAUUAAUAAUGAAGAGAGAUUUCCUUUUCUUUUAGCCCCCACUGUGACACGCCUGUCACCACCCCCACCCACCCCCCACCCCCCACCCCCGGUACAGUGUAUCUUCUUAGGUGGGAUGGUUUCCAUAGCUCACUUUACCAACCUAUCUGGCUAGUGCUCUGUUAAAUCAGUAAACCAAUCAUGUUACCUGGACCUGGAGUGAUGAGAAGAAAUGUAAUCCUGUCCCCAUCACACAUUGGGGUGCGCGCUCAGAGGCGAUCUUAUCUCAGGCGGUGAAGACGGAUGGAUGGUCAGAGAGUACCUGGAAGUUUCAUCAACCUUCCAAAAUCACAAGGCCAAGCACUACAUUUCUUGACUUUCACCCUGGGAUCAUUUACUUUCUGGGGGGACAAAUGCCACUCAGAAAUCGCUGUAGAAGGACCAAGGGAAAACUGUCAUGUCUUCUUGAAGAAGAUUUGCCCCAGGGAAUACUGAGCCACAUUGGCUCUUGUUAAUUGGUGAAAUGGUUUUUUGGGGUCUGUAUAGCCAUUGUCACUCUCCCAGAAUCAUGCAUGUAGUUGAUUAACAUUUUGGAUAUGUUUUGUUAACUUAUUUGAAGAAACUAUAAAUUACCAUCAGUCUACUGUAAGCAUUAGCUGGAGAAUAAAAUAAAUCUCAAUGAAUUAAUCAGAGAAAUACACUUUAACUAUUGUUUUGCCUGUGAAGAACAGAUUCACUUUAUAGGGGAGAACAUAUUUUUAAUUGUCAGGGAUCCUGUGGAAUUAAAUCAGUGUCGCUUUAUGAGUUUUUUUUUUUAAUUGUCCUAUAUUUUAGGAAACAAGGAAUUUUAACGUUCAGGAGUAUAAAUACUUUAUUAAAGAACUUGAAUUUUUAAAUGUUUAUGAUUUUUUAUAAGUUGUUUUCCGAAGAAAAGCAUAAUUUCAGAGGUGCUUUGUAUGUAUCUGGUUUCCCAACAAUUUUCAACCUUUUUCAUACUGUGGAUGAAAGGAAGAAAAAUAAAUUUGUACAGUACUAA